CGGGGCGGAGUCGGACGGAAGCCGGGGAGGAGGCCCAGGAAGUGACGGCCCCUCCGCGCUCCGGGGGACUUCUGGAGUCCGCGAAGUCGGCGGCGCGGUUGCUGUGGCUGCCGCGCUCCCCGGCCCUAGGCGAUGGAGAACGGAGCGGUGUACAGACUCACUACGGAGGAAGACCCGGGCACCGCCACAGGGCCCCGGAGCGGCCUCGCUGCCUACUUCUUCCUAGGCCGACUCCCCUGGCUCCGGCGCGUUCUCAAGGGCUUGCAGCUGCUGCUGUCUCUGCUGGCCUUCAUCUGUGAAGAAGUUGUGUCGCAAUGUACUUUGUGUGGAGGACUUUAUUUUUUUGAGUUUGUAAGCUGCAGUGCCUUCCUUCUGAGUCUCCUCAUACUGAUUGUUUAUUGCACUCCCGUUUAUGAUAUGGUUGAUACCGCAAAAGUAAAAGCAUCGGAUUUUUAUAUUGCUUUGGGAACAGGAUUUGUGUUUUUGUUGGCGUCCAUCAUUUUUGUUUCCACACAUGACAGGACUUCAGCUGAAAUUGCUGCAAUUGUAUUUGGAUUUAUAGCAAGUUUUAUGUUCCUACUUGACUUUCUCACUAUGUUCGUUGAAAAACUACGGGAGUCCCGGCUGAGAAAACCUGAAAAUACCACUAGGGCUGAAGCCCUCACUGAACCACUUAAUGCUUAAAGAUUCUGGGGAGCACCUAAGGUAGUGACGCUGCAUUGUGGUGCCUGAGCCCUGGAAGAAACUCUUGUAGAAUUUGUGUAAUUGUUUAAACCACGUCUUUUGGAGAGCAAAGGGAAGGUCAAGAAGGCAGUUUUAUCAAUAUUGUGUCAGUCACCACAAAUCAGGUCAGAGAAGCAAAAAAACCAAUUUUUAAAUAAUGAUUGAAACUAUCUCAGAUGGAGAUUUUGGUGGGAGGAGGGGAGGACAAUGGUUUCUUUAAAUUGCACAGCUCAAUGGUUGAUAAAUGUUUCUGUCAUUCUGUUACAGGUCAUUCUUUUACUAGGCUUAACUUCCAAAUUAUGCUUUAUAGCUGUAUAAACAUGAUUAUAUUAAUCUAUUUAGAAAUUGUUUUUAUUUUUAAAUUAAUUUGCUUAGCUGUUUUGAUGCUUAGAUUAUGUUCUGUUAAUGAAAAUUUAACAUAGUUAAGAAACCAAUAUUUAAAAUGUUGGUCUAGGUUUCUUAACAUAUAAUAUCAGGCUUUACUGUAUUUCACUCAGCCUUAAAUAUUACAAUACUUUUGGAUAACUGCUAUUAAUUCUUUCUGAGACUUGCGUAUAGCCUAUAAAGUGUAUGAGAGAUGUUGGUAUUUUAUGUGUAUAAAAGCAACAAUAUCAGCAACUUCAUGUUUAUACUGUACCUUGGUCAUUGAUGUCAAGUAAAAAAAAGAUUGUUUUAUAACAUAUGAAAAAAUGAAAGAGGCUGGGCGUGCAGUGGCUCACACCUGUAAUCCCAGCAUUUUGUGAAGCCGAGAUGGGGGAUUACCGGAGGUCAGGAGUUCAAGACCAGUCUGGCCAACGUGGUGAAACCCUGUCUCUAUGAAAAAUACAAAAAAUUAGCUGGGCAUCAUGGCACAGGCCUGUAAUCCCAGCUACUUAGGAGGCUGAGGCAGGAGAAUUGCUUGAAUGCAGGAGAUGUAGGUUGCAGUGAGCUGAGAUCGUGCCACUACAUUCCAGCCUGACCGACAGAGCAAGACUCUGUCUCAAAAAGAAAAAAAAAAUAAGAAACUGAUACCACACUUAAGGACCAAAGAUAAGAAAGACUUUUUUCCCAAGAAACUGAAAGUAAUUAUAAAAAUGGCUGGGCUCAGUGGCUCAUGUGUAUAAUCGUAGGACUUGGGAGGUCAAGGCUGGUGGAUCACCUGAGGUCGGGAGUUUGAGACCAGCCUGCCCAACAUGGAGAAACCCCAUUUCUACUAAAAAUACAAAAUUAGCCAGGUGCGGUGCUGCAUGCCUGUAAUCCCAGCUGCUUAGGAGGCUGAGGCAGGAGAAUCGCUUGAACCCAGGAGAAUCGCUUAGGAGGCGGAGGUUGUGGUGAGCUGGGAUUGCACCAUUGCAUUCCAGCCUGGGCAACAAGAGCAAAACUCACAUCGCAAAAAGAAAAAAUUAUGAAAACAAGCUUUGACCCCUUACCAAGUAUCUGGAGAGAUGAGUUCAUACUAUGAUUUAGAAAGUAGUUCAGUUCCCCUCUUGACAUAUGAUUUUUUUUUAAACUAAGGUUAAUACAGCUCUGUAGGUCUUCCUCAGUGUCUUCUUUGAAGCCAGUCUGUUUUUCUGGGAUCCCAGCCUUUGGUUUUUCAUCUCUUUGAGAUGCCUCUUUUCUCUCUCCUUAUCAGACAGAAAUGGAGCCCUGUACUGCUUCAUCAUUUAGCUGAGGUUGACCUCUGGCUCUGACACUUCCGUGUUGUCAGUUGUCUCUAGUUGGUCCUGAAUCCUGAGCCCUUUUAAUUGUGAAUACCGUGUAGCAGGAUCUUUAGAGUCCUUGUUUUUACAUGGGCAUUGCUCUAGUUUGUUUUUUGGCAGGGAACAUCUUAAGAAAGUAAAUAUCUAGGGAAUCCUGCCCAGACUAAUAUUGUUGGUGGCAUAAGGAAGAAUCAAACCAUUCUUAAGCGAUAACUUCAUAAUCAGAAUUGUCUGUUGACUGUCACAGAUAGGCAGGGCACUUGGGAUACAACCUUUCUGUCCAGGUGGUUCAUAGACUAGAUCUUUCUUAUCCUCCUUGUAGAGUUUUGACCCAAGACUCUAGUGUUAAGAUGAUAAGCCCAUAUCAGGUCCUUCUGCACUUUGGUGGAGGUCUCCCGGGUAGGUUUCCUAUUUGCAACAGUGGAAUCAUGUUUCUAGUGAUAAAGUUUAAUAACCUCAUUCAUUUUUUUUUUUCUCAUCUGCCAUUUGUGUGUCAUAGAUGGGUUUUAGCUGUAUGAAUGUGGCUUAUGUGGUUCUCAGAAAUUGGUCAGUAUGGCCCAACAUAGCUUCUGCUCUGUCUUACUGACUCAGUACCUUUAGGAUUUGUAUCCGAGUUUGGAUGCUUAUGCGUGGUGAUAUCACCACUACUUAAUUGGGAGAUAAUGAAACCAAUCAUGGAUGCUGUUUUUAAGAGAGGAGAAAUUGCUGGAUCUUGGGUCUAAGAAUAAGGACCAAUUCAGAAAACUAGUUUGUGGUAGGUAGACUAGAGUUUCACAUCAAAUUGUACCAUUGUGAUUUUUAAUGUCAUCUAGACCUAUCUAAAAUUCAGAGCAUAUCAUCUGGACUACCUCAGUGUCGCCACCCAUGCAUUGGGCUUAUUCAAGAUUGACAGAUACGUUCUCAGUUGGCCUAUCAUAAAACAUCCUGUCAUUGAGCUUAAGCUGUGCUCGUUCUGAGGUUUCACCCCCAUUCGUUUCGUUGGUGCAAAGCGGCCUAGUUGGUCAUUUAGUUCUUUCUUUUUCAGAAAGGUAAUAUGUUCGCUGGUAUUUUUGGUCACUCUUAGAACCUUCCUUCACAUUGCUUUUUUAUGGGACCCUUGUAGAAGGAAAAAGGAGUAAAAAGACCAUUGUAGUAAAUAAGUUCAAGGUGAACUUGGGACCAGAAACCACUAUUAUGUACAGAAAAUGGCAAACUCCAUAAAAUCAAAUUUACAAUCAUUUUAAAAUUAACAGUUAUGGUAAAUUUAAUUUUAUAUUUUACACAGACAGAUUGUUUAGAAUGGUUCUGAAGACUUAUAAGAGGAAUGCACUUACAGUACAAAAAUUUUAUAAUUACUUAAAUUAUGUUUGUUUGGGGGCUGGGAAAUGUAUUUUUACAUUGUUUGUAGCCAAUCGUUUUUAUAUUUGUCAUUUUAAAUCCUGUGGGUCUUUUUUAUCUCUCUUGAUGUCAAAUUUUAUAGUCUUUUUAAAUAAAUCAAUUUAAUUAAAAUGUU